UACAUUGUAGCAAAAUGGCGACUGUCAUUCACAACCCCCUGAAAGCGCUCGGGGACCAGUUCUACAAGGAGGCCAUUGAGCACUGCCGGAGUUAUAACUCGCGCCUGUGCGCAGAGCGCAGCGUGCGUCUCCCGUUCCUGGACUCGCAGACCGGGGUGGCCCAGAACAACUGCUACAUCUGGAUGGAGAAGAGGCACCGAGGCCCAGGCCUCGCCCCGGGCCAGCUGUACACGUACCCUGCCCGCUGCUGGCGUAAGAAGAGACGAUUGCACCCACCUGAGGAUCCGAAGCUGCGGCUGCUGGAAAUAAAACCUGAAGUGGAGCUGCCUCUGAAGAAAGAUGGGUUCACCUCAGAGAGCACCACCCUGGAAGCCUUGCUCCGUGGUGAGGGGAUCGAGAAGAAGGUGGACACCAGGGAGGAGGAAAACAUCCAGGAAAUACAGAGGGUUUUGGAAAAUGAUGAAAAUGUAGAAGAAGGAAAUGAAGAAGAGGAUUUAGAAGAAGAUAUUCCCAAGCGGAAGAAUCGGACCAGAGGACGGGCCCGUGGCUCUACAGGUGGCAGAAGGAGGCACGACGCCGCCUCUCAGGAAGACCACGACAAACCUUACGUCUGUGACAAGACAGAAGGAAUAUCUCCUAAACAAGAGCAUCUUCCCCAAGGGCAAGGCCUAGCCCAGAAAGGACCGGAUGGGACAGUCAUUCCCAAUAACUACUGUGACUUCUGCUUGGGGGGUUCUAACAUGAACAAGAAGAGUGGGAGGCCGGAAGAGCUGGUGUCCUGUGCAGACUGUGGACGCUCUGGUCACCCCACCUGCCUGCAAUUCACCCUGAACAUGACCGAGGCUGUCAAGACCUACAAGUGGCAGUGCAUAGAGUGCAAAUCCUGCAUCCUCUGUGGGACCUCGGAGAAUGAUGACCAGCUCCUCUUCUGCGAUGACUGUGACCGCGGCUACCACAUGUACUGUUUAAAUCCCCCAGUGGCUGAGCCCCCAGAAGGGAGCUGGAGCUGCCACUUAUGCUGGGAACUGCUCAAAGAAAAAGCCUCAGCCUUCGGCUGCCAGGCCUAGGGCCCCAGGUCACAGAAUGUGGCUUGCCGCCGGGAAGGCUGAAGCAGAGCUCAGUUCAAACCAGAUGGAGACCCUACUCCCAUAUAUCCAGACAGACCAACCGUAAGGGACAUCAGUAACCAGAGAGGGCGUGGACACGUGGAACCGAGGGGGCGACAUAUCUGCUUAACUCCUACACACGGGUUUCCGUUCUUCAGCCAGCCCCUCCUGUUUCUGCCAGAAAGAUCGUAAACUUUUGAAGAAGGACCCCAGCCACAGCCCUGUGGACCCCCCUCACAUUCACCCUAGCACUGUGGCCCUCUCACUGGUUCCCAUUUUAGGAACCACUGGUCCCAUUUUGUGACCACCCAUCAGUCACUCAUGCGUGGUUUGGUGUUUUCUAUCUAUUGUGUUCCAAGAAAUCUUCGCACAGCCUCCCUGCCCCCAGCUUAGCCUCUUCAUCCUGAACCCAGCAGAGGAGCAAAGGGCUGUGGAGAAGUUUUUAUUUAUUACAAGCCCCGCUGGAAACUUCUAGACUCGGAACCUAGAGGCUGUCUAGACGAUGGAGCCCUGAAAUCCCUCCUUGUUCCUUGGUCCCUGUGAAGAGGAAGAGCUGCUUCCCCAGCAGAUAUCCAGUGGCAUCCACAGCCGGGGCGAUCUCUUGAUGGGGCUGGGGAGGCAGCGGGGAGGCCCUGAGGGGUGGACGGAAAUGUUGUGAAGAUAAUUCUGAGGCCCCGCCAUAGCCAGUCAGUAUCUGCUGUCCGUCAGGAGCGGCCUGGCAAGGCACCAGACCUUCAGAGCUGGGGCAUCCGUGAGGAGAGACAGGCCACAGCCUGUGGCAGAGGAAGAGACCAAGACUCUGCCUUCCACUCAGCCUGGGUCUGGAGCUUUCCCUGCUGGGACUCAAGAACCAGGAAGGUGAGUGAAGGCUGCCAGGUCAAGAAUCUGAAUGUUGGUCCCAAGGACUGCAGCUCUGAGAAACCCUUCAGUAUUGAUGUGACACUACAAAUUCCUUUUCCCAAGUAAUUCCUUCCUUCCACAUAGUGUAUGUUUGCCAUUGUCUACUGAGACCUGACUCUGGAAAUUUCAGGAUGGGGGAGAAAUGAUUGUUCCCUAAACAAAUAAUUGGGGUGAUGUGAUUAUUUACGACCAGGGCGACAAUCACGCAGAAGCUUCAGCUCGAGGGCUGCUCUUGUCUCCUAAGCUCCCCGGUACAUGCUGGACUCUCCUUUUGAAAAAAUGUUUUGAGAAGCCAGAGGUGGGGAGGCUCAGUUCCGAGAAGUCUGUGUUGGAAGUCAGCCCCGUGGGCUGGAGCGGACCGGGCUGCCUUUGAAUCUCCGCAGCAGUGGCAACAGCAGCAACACACAAAAACUGACACAUUUCUGGAAAAAUCAUUUGCCUAAAGGGCAGGUCUCGGUGAGCAGGACCCUGGCGCACGCUCAACUUCCUUGAAAUCAGCUCCAUCUCUGUGGUCCAGCUGCUUACAACAAAGGCCCAAGUUAUUUUUAGUCCUUCAGCUCCUGAAGAAGCCCCUGGAGGCCCAGAGGCUCUGGCCGCUUGGGCUACCUCUGCCCGGCUGCGGCCUUCUCGCCGAGACUUGGCAAGAGCCCUUCUUCCUGGCUAAUUGCUCUUGGCCUGCAGACCCGGGGCAGCCUGGUGCACAGCCGAGCUGUGCUGGUCCCCCCAGGUCCUCUACGGGGUGACCUGUGGCCAGAGACGGGCGUCAGUCUCCUGCAGGAGCCUGUGGCCUUGGAGGGGGUUCCAUGCAUACAUAAUGACCUCGUUUCAAGGGCCUGACCAGAUGAGAUUUUCAUCUUCCUCAUGAGAUAGUUCCUUCCCCCUGCCGGUUGGUGAACCCGUUUUGGAUUCCGGAGGCCCAGGGAGGGUCUGGGAAGUUGCUAUGUGGUCGCCUCGUCCAUUUACCCCGGGCGGGUCAUAUCAGAGGACCAGAUUUCCUCUCCUGACCACCCCGGCUCUCUGUCCUCCCACAAAACCCAAAGUGAGCGUCCUCAAAGGCUGGUUAUUGGUUUUGAAAUAUCACUUUGAUUUAAUUUUAGGAAAAAAGUCAUCAAAAUGUUCUCAAAUGCCACAAAUGGCUUAAAAGUUAAAAAAAAGCAAAUCUGAAACCAAAAUAGUGGCCCUACAAGUGACAGACCCUCUUUGGAGUGUGUGCAGAUCUGUUCCCCACCUCAAUGCAGAUGGUGGGGUGGCUCUGUUCUCUCUCCAGCCACAGAGGGUAGGAUUGGGUCUCGCAGACCAAGGACGGUGCUGUAACCUUCCACAGGGAUGAGGGUGGCCAGGAGUCUGGACCAGACAUCAGGAAGGCCCAUAGUUCCCUUCCCAGUUUCACUCCCUGAAGGAUGGGCCCAACCCCUUCUUCUUUGGAGACCUCAGUUUCCCCAUCUGGAAAAUGGGGACUGCAAAGCCAGCUUGUGAGAUGGCACUUGCAGGAUACUGCAAGCAAACAGAAGCCAUGGUCACAUUUAUCACCUUCUGUAUUGAGAAAAGGAAAGUGUUGGUCAACAAUUGCUCUUUCUUUGAGCCCCAGAGAAUGAACUAGAAUCACAGGGUGCACAUGGAUGGUCAGGGUUUUCGUUUUGCCCCUGCCGUUGAGUAGCUGUGUGACCUUGGGCAAAUCACUUAACAUCUCUGAACCUCAGUUUGCCCAGCUGUGAAAUGGAGAAAAUACUUGUCCUGCCUGUCCCACAGUGACAUCAGGAGUCUUAAAAAGUAUAAUGUUAUAUAAAUCAUCACUGGAGAGCUGGGCUUGUCAGGUAGGGACCCCAAAUGAUUUCUACACCCCCUUUCUUGUGUGAGUUAGCUAAGGUUAGACGCCUUCUUGGAAUCUCCAUUUUGACCAAAGGGGGUUUAUGUUUUAAGGAACAGGCUGCCUGUGGUCAGGGCCACUAGGUCAAGCUGUGACAAGAAAACUGUGACUGAGCAUGGAUCUGUGGUGGAAGGUGAGAGAUUUAUCCUGGGGCUGGGGAUUUCAGAAUGAAGAUACUCCCUUCUCUAAGGUCAACACAGCCUAGAAUGGGGUGCUAACUGCUGGAGAGGGCUAUAAUUCAGCUCAGUGUAACAGUCACUUAAAAACUUUGGUUUAAAGCCCAGCUCUGUUAGUUUCUAGCUGGUUGACCUCAGGCAAAUGACUUAACCUCUCUGAGCCUCAUUUCCCACAUCUGUGAGGCAGGGAGAUAUGGCUUCUCCGGCAGGGUUUUUGCGGGGACGAGAGGUAAUGCUGCUGAAGAUCCGGGCAUGGGCCCUGGCGUGGCGAGGGACCCACACCUUGGUAGUUCUGGUCACUGGGUACAGAGGCCACCACGUGGAGAUAAUGGUGCUGUUGCCUCACAGCUCAAACCCUGGGAACCGCCAGGGUGCCUUUCUUCUGCUUCACCCCGAUGUUGUGGCUGCCGCCGACCAGAGAGGAGGUGAGGCUGCGGGAUCCCAACUGGACGUUGAAACCCUCUGUUUCCUGUGGGUAUUUUUGAAACUGCUUUUCGGGCCUGCAGCAAAUCCAGUUGGAGGCACUGGCGUGAGGAAUUAGAGACAAGGCCCCUGCCAGGGGAUUUACCUUCCGGCGGCUUUCCUUCUAAACCCCCCACUGGCUCAGAGCCCCUAAGGCAGGAGCCAGCAGAUCCCAAGGAGCCGGUGCUCCUGUCAUUGCCCCAGGGUCAGGUAGGAAGCCAGGCAGGCCUAGGAGAGCAGCUGCUUCCCCAGGCUCAGCGCAUGCCCUCUGGGGCGUAGCCAGCCCGCGGGGGUGGGGGAGGGAGGGAGGCCAGAUUCCUUCAGAGCUGGGGAAGAUAACAGGCUUUAAGGUUGGGGGAGGGUUUGGGUUUCACAGUGAUGGUUGCAUGAUACCCUGGAGAGUUAUACACUCAUGGUGCAUCUUAUUUAGUCUUUGUGCUUUGAACACAGCAUGAUUCCUUUUGGCCCUUCCCUUUAAAAGUUCAGAUAUUUUAAGGAAGAAAAAUGAGAGGAUUAUUAUUACUUUUUCUAUGGGGGCAAGUUUAGGAGAGAGAUCUACUGCUCUUGAAGAAAGAUUAUGGGCACCCUUAGGCUUCCAGACUCAGAGAAGAGGGGCCCCUAGUAUCCUCUUUGAGUCUUGUGUAGGGGGUUGGUGGGGAGUGCUGAGGACCACCUGGCCUCUGGCUCCCUGUUGGUUGGGGGGCUUCAGAGGGCAAAGCAGGCAGGAAUGGUGCCCCUCACCCAGCUGGAGGUGGGAGGAACCGAGGGUCUUCUGGUCGAUGUGGAUUUUCCCAACCCCACAGAAAAAGUGUCCUUCAAACUUAGUGAGAUAAGCUGUUGAGGUCCUCCUGGUCUGGAUGGAAAGAGGGGGCUUGAUGGGGAAAGAGGUGGCAGCAAAGGACGGGCUAGAUCACAGACGGCCUGCAACCUUGGGAGCAGAGGAUUUCUAGGCACUGCUUCCAGAGGGGUCAGGCCUGGGAGGCCCUCCCCCUCCAGUCCCCGAGUGCAGGAUGCCAGCAUCUGGGACACCAAGAGAGGGGGCACCUGGCCGGUCCUCCCCACCGCCCGGCAAAGUGGAUGGGGUUCCUCCUACCUCUGUUGUGUGCUCCCCUUUUUGCGAUCUUACCCCCCCACCCCCAAAGGAUGCGAUUGGAUUCCUCUGGAUGUCAGGUGAGGAAUGGGGAAGUGGGUGGGAAGCACAGAUAACUUUCAUUUGCUUCAGGCCUACAAGCCUCCCCACCCGGGCCCACGGCCCUGCUGGUUUCCUUGGGUCUAACUGGUCCGUGGUCAGAGGUGGGCUAUGCAGCUGUCAGUGGGUUGAGUUCCUGAACAUUCCAGGGCUUGGGGGUCUGGUUAUGAUUCUCUGCAGCCACCAGCCCUUGGGGGGGAGAAGCAGCAGAACAGAUGGGUUAGUUCAGGGCCUUUGAGGCAGCUAGAGCGGGGCUUUGACCCUGGGAAGCUGGGUCCCUUUCUAAGGAGGCGGGACAGCUGAGGUAAUUGUUCUGGGAGGGAGGCAAGAGGGAGAGGAAGAUGUCCUUGGGUGCUGCCUGCCCGGGUGCCCUGGCUGUGAGAGCGGGGACGCCCUUUGAGCCUCUCAGCAGCUGCUCCCGGGAAGGCUUGGCUGCAUGGCGCCUUCCCCGGGCUGCUGGGAAGAGAGGCCCAAGGAAGCGCCUGCGGGGAGCUGGGAGGGGAAGGGUCUGGGCCUGCCCAGAAGGAACAGGGGCUCCCUGUGUGAGCGGAAAGCUUUGGGAGGGGGCGGGCUCCCGGAGGAGGCACUCUGGGCUCUGAGUGAGCCCUGGUCGUGUCCCCUCAGAUGGCUGAGACCUGAGGUAACUUCCCAGGGUCCCUGGAGGCUGUGGGGGGCAGGACGGGGGGCAGAGGGCACAGGAACGCCCCUGCUCACGGUCUUUGUUCCCAGUCCCCUCCCUUUCUUCGCGCCAGUGUUUUGAAAGAGGGUCAUUGCAGGCUUUCCCCCUCUUUGGCCCCGCCAAGAGAAGGAAGUAUUUGUGCUGAUGGUGACAUUUCCCAGGCAGGCCAGAGGAAGGCAGGGACCGGGGCUGGCGGGCAGCCAGAACCGUCUUCGACAGAGAUGUAAUGACUAAUCAUGACCUCUAGCCCAGGCAGCGAGCAGAGCGGCCAUUCAGGGUGACACCAGCCCAGUCUGGCAAAAAAGGCUGCUGUGGUGGGGAAAUGAAGGGGUGAGUGGUCGCUGUAGGAAAUAGGGGGGGAGGGUGUGAGCCCCCAAGACCUCUCUUCUCCCUCAGCGACACGACCCCUCAAGUCUCCAGGUUAUAUUCACACUCACUGCAUCCCGUUUGCUUGCCUCUCUGCAUCCCUAUAAUUCCUAUCAAUGUUAUUAAUAUGGAUGAUGAGAACAGAGACGUGCGCGUGCGCACACACACACACACACACACACACACACACACACACACACACACCCCUCGCAUAACGAACUAAAGCGAACCUUACGUGUUGCUCCAGGAUGAGAGGGAGAACUGCCAGUAACCAGGAGCUGCCAGACAAGAUGCUUUCUUUCCCGAGGUUCUCCCAGGCUGGCUCCCCCAGCUUCUAGCCCCUGCACAACCACAGGGAGUUGAAAAGGGAGCCUCAUGCUUGGAGAACCACUGGCUGCAAGGACUCUCUCAUCUUUCCCCUUCACUCUCCCCUGCUUCUUUGGGGAAGAUGUUUGGCAGUAGUUGGGAACCUGGAAAAAAAGUCUCGAUUCUGCUUUAUCUAAGGGAUGCAAAGAUUUUACAGGUAGAAUUGGGGUUGUGGUUUUUAUUGGCUUUGCCCUUUCAUGAUCAUUCCCCACCGAGACCUGGGUUCUCCUCUUCCUUAUCCAGCCUUCUCCCUUCCCGCAACUUCCCCCCCAACCCGCCCCUGCCCCCAUCCCUCCUGCCAUGCCGGAUGCUGCAGGACGGGGUGGUGGUGGAAAGAAACAGUAACACAAAAGAAAAAGAAAAUAAACCCCCUGCACAUUUUCACCACGUAGUUGAAGAGGCCUAAACUAGGUACUAGUAAAAAAGGAAAGCAACACAAACAUGUGAGUGAGAGCAUGAAAACAGAACAAUCCCAGAGCAGAGGCGGUGGGGGCAGGUGGCUGGAGAGAGGCGGGGUAGGGAGGCAGAGUCCUGGCUCACCGAUGCAUCUGGUCCACGUGGCAUUUGGGAAAGCAGAGAGUCACGCUUUGGCAAGAAAUGCUCAGAUGCUUAGGGAGCCUUUGUGCCUUGGACCGGGAAAGGGAGUGUGUCCAUCCUCAUUGCCCACCACUCAUCUGCCAUGUUGGCCCACUCUGGGCAUCUUUCCUCCAGAGGAAAAUGAACACACUUCUUGCCUGCCAUGAUUGGUUGCUGGGCAGGCUGGUACUGGCUAAAACACUUGGCGGGGUAUUUCCCCAGAUGUGCUGGGGAAAGAAAGCACAUCUCGGCCCCAAAGUUGCUGCUUUUCAGCCCCAAAAUUACACUCCCCCAAGGGACCCUGAUCACCCUGGCGUGCCAUCAGGGGAGGUGUAUGUGUAUCUGGGUCUCUCUGUUUGGGACCCACGUUCAUCAGUAGAGGAUGAGGCUUAGGUGUCCAGUUAUUCUCACCCUCUGGGGGUUGGGGAGAAGGGAGCAGUUGGCCUCAGCCUGGUUGCUUUUAAGUUUCCCAAGCACUGGCUGCCCUUGGGAGAUGAGCAUCCUUAACGUGAACGGGAGUGAGACGAUGAAGGCACCUGGGCUGGAGUAUGUCACCAGCCAGAGGGACUCUGAGGCUGUGCCUCCAGAUGCUGCCUUUCGACUCCUCGAAUGGCGGGCAGGCAGGUGCGACUGGCGGGGCCUGAUCAGAGGCGGAAAGUGACCCACACGAUGGUCUAGUCCAGUCCCCACUGGAGGAAGCAGAGAUGAAUAGUGGUGGGACGGGGGCCUCAUGCAUGGGUUGAGUGGACUCCCAUGGAGACCCCAGCCAGGCUGUCUCAGCUGUGCAGCGUUUCUGGCUUGGUGCGGGUGGGCGACAUGAAGGCAUUUUCAGUAAAUCUCCUAUGCCCUCCUUUGGCCAGGUGUCCGUCAGAUCCUAGUUUCACGCUCCAUUAGACUCCCGUUGUCUGUAUUGACAGCACCAGAAAUUGGCCAUUUGCUCCAGCUCCCGCUUCCUCUGCACGUGUCACAGCCAGAUUCCAGCUGAAGAAGCCGCACCAAGUUGGCUCUCAAGCUGAGCGCCUGGGCUGGGGGAAGGCACGUAUCUGCCCCUGGGUAGGUGUCAGCUCGGAGCUGGCCUAAAGCAGCCUUCGGUUUCUCUUGGGGGGAGGCUCUGGGGAAGGCUCUUCCCUGGACAGCACGUGGCUCCCAGCAGGCGGUUUUGGUGAUUUCUGUGGAGAGUCAGGGACACGAGGCUUUCAUGAUGCUUGGCCAGGAGUCAGGUUUUAAAGUGCUUGAGAACCCGAAAUGCAUUCUGGAGCUUGAUCCAUCCAUCCAUUUGAGAGCCUGUGGGCAAGGCUCUUCCGACUGACCCAGCUCCACCAGUCUCUUUUGCUGGCAGGAGGAGGGAGGGGAAGCCCAUCUGACUUGGAUCCCAACCAGGCCAGACUGGCAGCACGGCCCCCAGGUAGCUGGCCUUGGACCCUGAGCUCACAGGCCCCGCCCCCAGGCUCCAUGAAGGGUGGACACCGCUGGCCCAGUGGGCUGAGCCCUGAGACGGUCUCCCCUCCACCUCCACUCAAGUUUACUCUCAGGCUGAGAAUGCAGUCUGCUCAGACCCCUCCCCAGCCUGAUGCUGACCCACUGGACCAAUUAGGAAAUGGAGGCCUGGGGGAGAGACUGUCCCAUCCACGUCACACAGUCCACCAGCCCAAGAGCCAGAGCAAGUUCUCAGACAGGUCUGUGCCUCCCUUCCCACAUGUGUUUAGACUGAGGGCAAUUUUAGAACCCAGUUUCGAUAACAUUCCCCUCUGAGAGCCAAAAAGUGGAACAUCUCUGCCAGGAAACCUAGAGAAAUUGAUUUUCUUCUCGUAGUUGCCUAAAGCCCCACUGUGUUUCUCCUCAGAGAGAGGCUGAUUCUGGUGGCUUUGGUGGGCUUCCUGGGGUUCCUCUGGGCGGGCUGUGGCCCCUGGGGUAGGAAGGCUGAAGGGGUCCCUCAGGAGGGGACGGGAGGAAGCCCAAGCCUAUGCAGGCUCCGGUUGGGUCAGAGAGCCUGAGGGGCCUGGGAAGGGGUUCGUUUAGCUUCCACACUGCCUGUCCCAGCCGGUGAAUAGACCGUGGGUGCCUCGCAGCCUCAGGAAUUUACUGUCCCCCAGAGUGCUUUGGGCUGUGGUUGGAAAGGGGACCCCUGGAGGAGAUGUUCCAAUGAUCUCCAAUUGCCGAGGAUGCAUUUAUAUCUCCAGACCCGCAGAUAAGAUGCAAAUUCGGGAUCAUUUCUUGCAGGUGUGGGCCCAAGAGAGGAGGCCAUUUUCACAGUGUAUCCCCCCGUCAUUCCAAAAUGCUCUCUUGUCUCUUUCACCGCGUCCAUCCCCGCCCUCCCCCCCACCGCCGCCCGCCGCCUCAACUCUUUCUAAAACUCUUAGUCAUAAAAGAAUGGCCAAGAGAGUUGACCUCCAGCAAUAGAAAUGCCUGCUAACAAGGGUCUUCCUUGUAUGCUCCCUUGAACUCCCUCCCCACUGGACCUUGGGAUCCAACACCCCAUUACCUCCCGCUGAUGGGACAGCUUAGAGUCGUCCAGCCCUGAGCUGCUCGGGUACUUCUGACAGUGUCCAGGGCUGAGGCAGACACGGCUUUCACAAGGUUAGAGAGAAGGGCUCCAGACUUAGGAAGUUGUGUGUAAUGGUCUGAAGGAGAGAUCUCCGUUGGCUCCUCUAAAAAGCCACCACCGCAACAGACAGACAAAAGCCCCCAUCCCCUGACAAUGUCAGGUGAUUGUCACCUCCGUAGGUGUGUGUGCGCCACUCUACUCCUCUGCCUUCUGGGGCUGCUCCUUUCUCCUGUGUGUUAAGUUCCCACUCUUUUGUGGCUCCUGGUGUGAAAAGUGCUGUGACAUUUCUGUCCUGUCUGAGGGAUGUUUCGAGGUCUCUCAGUGUCUCAGUAUCGGAGAUGAGGCAGUGCCAUGUCUCCCAGUGUCCUGAGAGGACGCGCGGGUCCUGUGACUUCCCAGAGAGCGGGUGUACCGUGAGUCUCCGGGAGGAUCUCCAGGUUGGAAACGGCCCACAUCUGGAUUUGGAUCCACUGAUAAGGACAUGCCCAGAAGUGGAGUCCACUGCUUCCUUCAGAAGAGGGCUGGCUGGGAGGACUGCCCGUGAACCAGGACCCCUCCGUCUCCCCCUGCCUUCCUCCUGUCCUGACCGGCUUCUGGGAUGGGCGCCUGGGAGAGGUCAAGUCCUGUAGCCAAGUAGAAGUGGGCAUGGAGCAGCCUUUAUCCUGUGGACCCCUGGACAUCCCAGCCCCUCCGUGGAGCCCUUGCACGUCCACAAAGACUGAGUCACAGGCCCUGUCCCUUACUUGCUGUGGUUGUAUCCUCGUUCUGUGGUUGGUUAGCAGUGUUGAUGAUCUACGUAGCGAGUCUUUUUGUCUGCAAUUUAGAGAAUGUGUAAACAAAUAAAAG